UUUCGAGACCAUGUACAACGUCAUGUUAUUUACUCUCUUCGACAGACGUCACGUGCUUCAGCGAGGAGACAUUACGUUAUAAAUUGCCGCAGUUUAUCUGAGCGGAGAGUUAGGAGCGGAGUUCCUGAAGAAGUUUCUGAAGGUUUCCAGAAACACAUUCACUUUGGAGUCCCACUGCAGCGACAUGGCGAACGGAAUGCAGGAACAAACUCUAGACAAGGCUGAACUGCUUGCACAGAUGUUUCCCAAAGACAGUCUAGAGUACAAACUCCUUUUGAGGUACACACAGAAGAAAAGCACAAAAAGUCAUACCCCACAGAGCAACGGUGUGGGAGAGGCCAAGGUUGCAUCCCCUGAACAACCUCAGAACCGGCGUAAACCACAGAAAAAUAAGAAGCGUUCAUUUUUGAAGAUCAUAAGCUGCAUUCGACCAGAGAAGGAAGAUGACGAUCAUGCGACUAAACCCUGCAGAAAAUCGGCAGCUGCAGGUUCACCUGUUUCAGAGCAGGAAGAAGUGGACCAAAUUGUCAACAAGUUGACUGAGCUCACAGAUGAUGUUCAUUUCAUAUCUUCGGAUAUAGAAACUGAUAGUAACGAUCUUGUGGAGCAACUAGUGGAACUGCUUAGGGAACAAGGAGAUAAACUAAACGAGAAAAUUGAAAUGGACCACGAGCUUAGGAAACAGCUGCAGGACUCUCUGUCAUACGGUUUCUUUAAAAAACUGACUAGUAGCUUUUUGAUGAGACUCAGUCCAGAGGAGCUUCCUACUACAGAGAGCAUAAAGCAGGCUGAGAUCGCGGUCACUUUUGAGCUGACCAGCCGCCUAAACGCCAUGGACUGCCAUCCCAUGAACCGAGUGCUGGGCUUCGGUGCUAAAUACCUGCAGGACUAUUUCACCCCCUGGGUCAACCAGCAGGGCGGCUAUGAAAAGGUUUUCAGCACAGCCGGUGAUACUGAGGAGGAGGUUCAUUAAACCUAUCGUUUUUUGAGUUUUUCUUUUUUUCCCCUUGGACUGUCAUGUUAAUUAUUACUCAGGGACCAAGUCACUUGAAUAAAAAAUGUAUUUUAAUAAAAAUGUUUACAUAUUUGUGUAAAAAUUCCAAAGCUACUGUGAAUAAUAAUUCAAUAUUAUGGAUUUGUUUUAGUUUCAUUUCUGUUGAAUUUUUUUUUGGGAACUUUUUCUAAUACACAAAGAUACCAGAUAAGAAUAAUGUUAUGGAUCAAGAGAGUUUUUGUGUUAUUGCCAUGCUCAUAUUUAUAUGGUUAGUAUUAAUGAUAAUGUAUGUUUCUUGUGUUUGUACGUUAGAUUUUUUGUUAGCAGUUUUUCGGGGGUUUGGGGGAAGUAGUAUAGUAAUAAUAAGCUAAAAUGUUUUAUUUAAAUAAAACUGCAAAAUCUGUAGCUUCAUUUAUCUUUUAAUAAAAACAUUAAAAAAAUUA